AUAACGAUGUUCAUACGUAGCUUAUAAGCGUAUUUCCUUUGUUAUGAAAAAUAAAGCAAAAAUAUCAAUCUGAGAGCGUGAGUAAAUUAGAAAACUUCGAAGAAACGUUUCCUUGUUUCCGAAAAAAUAGGAGAAAAGCUGCAAUAACUGUUGCAAUGUUUGGGUGGAAUCAAAAUGAUGCAGUUUAAUAUCUGGAUGACAAUAAAGGCUACAAAAAUGUCAGGCUUUUACAUACUGAAUAGUACCGUUCCAUAUGAAGAAGACUCGAGACACGAAUUCAAAGGACACAGGAAUUUAGCUGUAGAAGAAUUACCGCCUUGGUGUUAUGUUACUGGCACAGACAAGCGAUCUAGGAGAGCUGUUUCUAGGGCCAUAAAUGCAUUUCUGAAUACUGGAAAUGGUGGUACUGUGUACCUGGGUAUAGUUGAUGAUGGUGUAGUGAAGGGGAUAAGACUUUCUCAAUAUCAGAAAGAUCACAUUUUGGUUUCAAUGAAUGAUCUUAUGAGCAGAUAUGAACCAAAGGUUGACUCAGGAAGAUAUAAUGUGGAGUUUGUGCCUGUAAUAGAUAAAAGAAAAGCAGACAUUCAACUAAAACAAGAUUCCUCCAGCAACAAAACAGACCAUUCUAGAUUGAGGCCUCAUUUGCUACUGACACCUGAAUACUGCUGGUGUGAUAAGGAUGCUAUGGCACAAUAUUCUCUGGGCAUUGAGCAACCUCUAUAUGUCAUUGAGGUUACAGUUCAUCCCUACCCAAGUAAACUUGUUGAGAUUUGGGACAAUGCGUACCAUCUGGACAUACACCCAGUUCAUGAAGAUGAAGAAGGCAAUUGCUAUUUUCGUAGGCAAGCAAGUCUCAUACAGUACAAGCAUUACGAUAUAUAUGAACAAACUAAAGAAGAAGUGAGACAGUUUUAUGAAGAGAUCAUUAGCAAGUUGAAGAUGAAGUUCGCCUGGCAAAGCACUUCAUGUGAAUUUAACUUGAAGAAAAAUUGAGAAACAUGAAAUAAUUUUUCUUCAGAUUCUUCCACAAGAAAUGUCUACAAACAUUGCACGCAACAAUCAAGGAAUUCCAUCCCACUUAAACACUUCUUAUUUAACAUUAAAGUUGUUAUAAAUUA